AAAAAAACUCGCUCUGUCUGCGUAGCACGGCCAUUAGACUGCAUCCGUACGUCUGCGCCACUGCGGAGCACUCAUACGAUAAAUAGUAAGCGGCACGAGGCGCGAACAGUCGCCUGCGGGCUGACGGCACAUAGUUGCAUCUCCGUGCAGCUGCGCGCGCACAGCCAUGGCUCCGAGCCGCCGCGCGCUGGCCGGAUGCGUCCUCGGAUUGAGCACAGCGUUCCGGGCGCCCACCAUGCACAGGAGGCGCGCGCUCGUCAAGCACGUCGAGCCCGCGGAAGCACCCAUCGAGCUCUGCGAGGAGAACGAUGAGUUGGACGAGGCACCGUCACCACCGCCGAGACGGCGGAACAGAAUAAGAAGGAAGCUGCGCCGGUCCACUAUUGGUGGUGUUGUCGGCGCGCUAGGGCCGUGGCCGACCGUACCCUGGACCUCGCUCGGUAUUCUGCUGCCCUGGACGCCUUUAUUUGACACCCUGUCCCUCGUACUGCUAUUCUUACGUAGUGCGAGAGUAGACUUGAUGGAGCGCCGCUUUAGGGAGGAAGCUUCUACAUACAUCAAGAGCACCGUCGAGACGGACGAGCCCCCUCUUCGCAUAUUGUGCAUGGACGGCGGCGGCGUGCGGGGCGCGAACUUGCUGUCGACGCUCGAUGCGCUCGAUCAGAGAAUAGAAGGGCCUUUGCACGAGGCGUUCGACGUCGUCUGUGGGACGUCCAUUGGGGGAGCCGGUGCGUUGUUGAUGGCGCACACCGAGGACCCCUUAGAACAAUGCCGGAAGGCCAUGUCCGACAUGGCCGACGCGGUCUUCGCGAAGGCGUCCGGCUGGCGGUUGCUCGUGCGAGGGCAGAUGACCGGUCGAUCGGUGCUUACCGAGGUCGUCACGGAGCGCAUCGGGGCGUCGCAGGACCUGCGGGCGCCUGUCGUGGAACCGCCGCCGCCCCCACCAAAAACAAAGAAGCGGCGGCGCGUGCGGCGAUUCCUCUCGCGCGUCGUGCUCCGACGGAGGCAGGAGGUGGAACCUCCGCCGAAGCUCGCCGGUCGGAAGCCCCUGGCCUUUGCGGUUGCUGCCCGGGAAGCGGAGACCGGUUCCUUGGAGCCGUUUCUGUUCCGAACCUAUCCGCGCGAGCAGGGCACGGCCCCGGGCCGAUCGGACGUGAAACUGUGGCAGGCCGUCGCGGCGACGUGUGCUGCUCCUGCGGUCUUCGCGCCCGUCCAGAUCGACGGCGAGAGUUAUGUGGACGGCGGCGUCGUGGCCAAUGAUCCGACGUUACUCGCUCUCGCCGAGGUCGCCUCCGUGUUUCCGGGACGGCCCGUCGGGGUCGUGGUUUCACUAGGAUGCGGUCAAACCAAGAGGGAGCGACGAGCCGAGAGAAGGGAGGAGCGGCGCUGGUUUCGAAGACGUAAGUCAAAGAAACCGCGCGAGGAGCUUAGUGGAACAGAAAGGUGGUUUAGACGUGUAGGUUUGACCUGGGACCACGAGCCUCGCAUAAGGAGACGCGCUAGACUGGCUCUACAACGUAGAAAGGCCCAGUACUUUCGGGUCGAGCCGCCUUUAGCGAGUGCCGUUUCAUUGAGCGAGACGGACACGUCGAAGCUAGAGAGUAUGGACGCUAAUGUGAAAGAGUGGCUGACGUCGCCCGUGGUCGCUGGAAGGUUAGAUGAGAUCGGGCGGUCUCUCGAGCGACGACGUAUCCCGAAAGAGGAGGAGGAGAUCCGCUAUCCCAUUACGACCAACGUGUUCCGGACGCUGAACGCGGCGCGACGGGGUGUGGGUGCGGGCGUGAACACGUUGCUGGGGGACGCUCCGCAACGAUUUAGGCGGAAGACGAGACAUGUGGUGGUGGACUCGUCUCGGAAAGUAGUAUCAACGCUGACCGACGCCGGCGACGACGUCGCUUGGAGGUUAUUGGCGCCGCCUUCACCAGGGUUGGAGGAGGCGGUGGAAGGAGAAGGGAGGGAGUGGACGGCUCUAAGUUAGUGUGAAUGUUA